GUCGCUGCCUGCCCGCUCUCUCCGCCUCCCGCCCGCACCCGCACCCGCUGCCUGCCGGGCUGGGACCGGGCGGGGGCAGCUCCCCGCGACUCUCCCGCCGGCUCCGGCUCCGCCAUGUGCUGAGGCAGGGGCCGCUCCUCGGGUCCCCCGCGCCGCCGCUGCAGCUCCCCGGGCCCCGCGUACUGUCUAAAGAAAUUGUUUAACCAUGGAUGUAUUCAUGAAAGGGCUUUCCAAGGCUAAGGAGGGAGUCGUGGCAGCAGCAGAAAAAACCAAACAGGGUGUGGCAGAAGCAGCAGGAAAGACGAAAGAGGGCGUUCUCUAUAUGGGUUCCAGGACCAAGGAAGGAGUUGUUCAUGGUGUCACAACAGUGGCUGAGAAGACCAAAGAACAGGUGUCUAAUGUUGGGGGAGCUGUGGUGACAGGAGUGACAGCAGUUGCACAGAAGACAGUGGAAGGAGCAGGGAAUAUUGCUGCAGCCACUGGCUUGGUGAAGAAGGAUCAGUUGGCUAAACAGAAUGAAGAAGGCAUCCCACAGGAAGGAAUGAUGGAUAAUACAGACAUGCCGGUGGACACUGAAAAUGAGGCUUAUGAAAUGCCUCCUGAGUUUUUACAGUGUAUUUUGAAGUCUUCCAUCAGCAAUGAUCGGAGUAUCUAUGACUGCGUCCAGCUCUUGUUUCAGUGAUUCCCUCCUGCUGAAACUAAUCCCUGGGUGGCAGGCCCAUUGUUGUGCUGUGGAUAUUGUGGCUUCAAGUUUAAAAAGCUAAAAUAAAAAUAAAAAUCACCUAAGUGUCUACUGCUUAUUUCUAAAGCUGUACAUGUUUUGUUGACAGGUUGUCAGUAACAUGGUAUUGUUUGAUAAAAGGUUUUUUUUAUGUUUCCUAUGAUAAUUAUUUCUGUGCAGAGAUGACUUGUGAGAGUUGUUAAUAUAUAUACAUAUAUAAAGUAAUUGAGCAUGAACUAUGCACCUAUAAAUAUUUACUGCUGAAAUUUUAUUGUUUUGUGAUGUGUUUUAUUAAUUUGUGUCUGUAAAUAAUGUUCAAUUGAAGUAAAUAAAACGAAACCCAUUAAAAAUUAA